AUGCCUCCCAAAGGUGUCUCGACCCGCCUCAACCCGGUCCGCCUGAACUCGAUCACUCACCUCCGCGUGCGCGAUACGGGUUCAAAGCAGACGACCCCCUGCGCGGCUGUUAUGUCCGCUAUGUUGAAUUGCUGGGCGUCAGCAGGUCAAUCGGAGGGAUGCUUUGCUCUGGAGCAGCAAUUGAGGGAGUGUAUGGACACACAUAAAACUACGGGCACGAAGAGGAACGCCAUCAACUAUCACCUCAUGCGAAUGUAUCCUAAGGUUGUGGGUCCGAAGAAGAAGAAGACGUAAA